AUGAACAUUUUUUGUAUGGAACGGCCCUCAGCGUUUUUGAACGGCGAGUCCGAGACCGCGCUGUCGCACAUCGCGAACGCGUGCGAUCAGAUGCUCGACUACAAAGAAACGCAGCGCGACGACAAUAAUCUGCGGAGUCGCCGGCGUCGACGCGGCCGCGCGCUUCUCGAGUCGUCGUCCGUCUCCGAGUCGUCGCCGUUUAAGGACCCGUGCGCGCCGCAGUCGGACAUGCGGGACCGAGCCAAACAAAGAAGUCGGAUGAUGAAUCUCACGGAGUCCGCGAAGACGACGAUGCCGUCGUCCGACUCGUUCGCGAGCGGCAUCGCGGACGUGACCCGACGCGUCCUCUCGGACCCGUGCGAAUCCACGCCGGAGACGCGCGGUAAGGGCGUCGACCUCGUGGAUGCGUUGCUCGCGGACGCGGAGACGAACGCGCUCGGGGAUUUGUCCAUGAGCGAGGAGGUGAGCGUCAACGCGUUGGGAGCGCUGUCUUCCGCGGUCGCGCCCGCGGUGCCGGGGUACGGGGAUAAAAACGCCGCGCUGACGUACGCGAAGGCGAGACCACUGACUCCUCCCCGCCCGAGACUUCUCCCUCGCGCGACGCUCGUCACUUCCUCGGAAGGAUUUUUCUCCCGGCAUGUAAGACGUUCGAUUGACCGACGCGUUUCGAUCGCUUCACCCGUCCAUCGCAGGCGACGGACGCGGCGAAGACGAUGAUGGCGCGAUGCCUCGAUCCCACGGUGGAGGGCGAGUCGACGAUCAGCGUCGUGUCGCCGGAGAUGGAGACGAACGCGCGGCGCGCGGCGACGACGACCGCCGGGACGGAUAGCGCCGUCGUCUCCGUCUCUGGCGCGUCCACGGUCGAGGUGUCGAACGACGUGCUGCACGCUCAGGGCGGGUCUCCGAUGGAUAUGAAACUGCUGUCGAUGAACUUCGACCCGCACGCGUUGAAUCAGAGUUCGUUCUACGGCUUGAACGGCGCGACCGAGACCUGGCACGUCGCGAGCGUCGGCGGCGACGU